AUGUCUAAGAAGAGCGUUAGCUCGUUGACGGAGGCUGACCUCAAGGGUAAGAGGGUGUUUGUCAGGGCUGAUCUGAACGUCCCUCUAGCCCGCGAUACGAUCACUGACGACACGCGCAUUCGCGCGGCCAUUCCCACCAUCAAGUACCUGACGGAGAAGGGUGCUAAGGUUCUUCUCGCGACCCACUUGGGCCGUCCUAAGGGCGUUACUGAGAAGUACCGCCUGACACCCCUCGUUCCUCGGCUCUCAGAGCUUCUUGGCCAGGAGGUGAAGAAGGUCGACGACUGCAUUGGCGAGGCCGUCGAAAAGGCCGCCUCGGAUCUCGAGGAGGGUCAGGUGCUGCUGCUCGAGAACGUGCGGUUCCACCCCGAGGAGGAGAAGAACGACCCCGAAUUCGCGCAGAAGCUCGCGGCGAACGCGGACCUCUACGUCAACGACGCGUUCGGCACGGCGCACCGCGCGCACGCGUCCACGGAGGGCGUGACCAAGUUCCUGAAGCCGUCCGUUGCGGGGUUCCUCCUUCAGAAGGAGCUGGACUACCUGGUUGGAGCCAUUGCUGACCCCAAGCGGCCGCUGGUGGCGAUCGUGGGUGGAUCUAAGGUGUCUACCAAGAUUUGCGUGCUUGAAUCUCUCCUUAACAAAUGCAACGCGCUGCUGCUGGGCGGCGGCAUGAUCUUCACGUUCUACAAGGCGGAGGGCAAGUCUGUCGGAACAUCGCUGGUGGAGGAGAGCCAGGUGGAGCUGGCGCGCAGCCUCAUCCAGAUGGCCAAGGAGAAGGGCGUCGAACUGUACCUGCCCUCGGACGUCGUAGUCGCGGAUAAAUUUGCCCCUGAUGCCGAGUCCAAGACGGUUCCAUCAUACGACAUUCCGGACGGCUGGAUGGGUCUGGACAUUGGUCCGGACAGCAUCGGUAAAUUCUCUCAUGUGAUCAGUGGUGCCCAGACCAUCAUCUGGAACGGCCCCAUGGGCGUCUUUGAGUUUGAUCAGUUCGCCAAGGGAACCAUUGCGAUUGCUGAGGCGCUCGCAGAAGCGACAGCCAAGGGUGCCACGACCAUCAUUGGAGGGGGUGACAGCGUGGCAGCAGUGGAAAAAGCAGGAGUGGCUGACAAGAUGAGCCACAUCUCGACAGGUGGCGGUGCGUCAUUGGAGCUGCUGGAGGGUAAGGUGCUCCCUGGCGUUGCUGCCCUUGAUGAGGCGUGA